AUGCAGUGCCGCCGCCGCCUCGCCCCGCUCCUCCGCGCGCCGCCGCCCAGGACCCUCCUCGCCCGCCUCCUCUCCUCAUCCUACCCCUCGCCGCCCCCGAGCGGCGGCGGAGCGGAUGGAGCCGCGGCCAGCGGGGUGGCGGUGAAGCAGGUGACGCGGGGGAACCUGUCGGAGGCGCUGGAGGAGCUCCGCGCGCGGGUGCGCGACGCCGCCUUCGUGGGGCUCGACCUGGAGAUGAGCGGCGUCACCAGCGCGCCCUGGCGGGACACCUUCGAGCUCGACCGCGCCGACGUCCGCUACCUCAAGCUCCGCGACUCCGCGCAGCGCUUCGCCGCCCUGCAGCUCGGCAUCUGCCCCUUCCGCUGGGAUCCCGCCAAGUCCGCCUUCGUCGCCCACCCGCAUAACUUCUUUAUCUUUCCUCGCAAGGAGCUCCCAUAUGAUAGUUCAUCUCAUGAAUUUCUCUGCCAGACCAGUUCAAUUGACUUCCUAGCGAAAUACCAGUUUGAUUUCAACACGUGCUUCCACGAAGGAAUAUCUUAUUUAUCCAGAGCACAAGAAGAAGAGGCUCUUGAGAAAUUAAAUGUACUGCAUCAUGAUGCAAUGUCUGCGUCUCCAAAUACUUCUGGAGAAGGAGAAGAUGUACCAUUAAAGAGUACUGCUGAUCUUCUUUUCACGGAGAGAAUGAAGAUCAGAUUCAGCGAGUGGCGUGAUGCGAUAAGAAGCAAUUCGACAGUGGAUAAUAAUUUGUUAGGAAACAGUAAAUUUGGCACAGACCAAUUCCAGACAGUUUUCUUCAAAAUGCGCCCAGCUGUUAUGCUUAAUGGGUUCACAUCACAUCAGCUAAAGUUAAUUCAACAGGUUUUGAGAAAAAACUUUAAAGACCUCAUGUAUGUUUGUACAUUUGGUGAGGAUGAUACAUCAGAGAAGAGAGUAGUUUAUACAGACAAUAGUGAUGACAGUAUGUUAUUGAUGAAAGAUGUGCAGCAAGAUCUACUCACAAGCAGAAAAGGAAAAGUUGAAUCAGCAAUAGGAAUCCGCCAUGUCAUUGAUCUUCUUGCCUCAGAAAGAAAAUUGAUUGUUGGUCACAGUUGUUUCCUAGAUAUUGCACAAGUCUACAGCAAAUUUAUUGGGCCUCUUCCCUCAUCCAUGAAGGAAUUUUCCUUGGGCAUCAACAAAGUUUUCCCACACAUUGCAGAUACUAGACAUCUUAUGUCUGCCAACGAUGCGGUGCAGUAUUUGAUGAGGCAGAAAAGCAAAUCACUUUCUUCAGCUUUCUCAUUUUUGUGCCCAACUGCUGCGGAGUCAUCUACCCGUACUCCUGUGAAAAUUGAAGUCGAGGCAGAUGAAACAACGUUAUCUUGCUUUGCUUCGGGUGCCAAGCACGAGGCAGGAUAUGAUGCAUUCAUGACUGGAAGUGUUUUCGCGCAGUUGUGUGCUCAUCUUGACAUCAAUUUUGAACACCUCACGCCUAAGGAGAACCUAGCGAGGAAUAAUAGGCUGCAGAAAUACAUCAAUCAUUUGUCUCCUAGCUUUAACAGUGGAACAGUACUUGAUUUAAGUACUGGCACGGAGAGACCAGAUACAGGUUAUAAGAGUAGAUAUCCUGCUGCUGUGUAUGAAAAUGUUGUUCUCAUCUGGGGAUUCCAGUCUGAGCUAAGAGCAAAGGAUAUUAAGGACUCCAUCUGCAAAGUGUUUGGUCCAGCAUCAGUUACGACAAUAUUCUCGAUUGACCGCACUGCUGUUCUCGUUCAGUUCAGUAAACAAGAGUCUGUAAAUGAUUUUUUGGAUUUGAAGGCUACCUUAGAAAGGGCAGAUACUGCUAUUUCAGUCCUGCACCCUCUGUCAACUAUAUUACAAGGAGGCAAAACACGAGCUGCAAACUACGAAACCUACAGGGACAUUUGCAACUCAUCUGUAUCGAAGUAUUUCUUUGCUGAUCAAGCUGAAGCAGUCUGUCCAGCUUCAAACACUGAGCUCAAAUGUGAGAACCUAGAUGCUGGUGAUGCACUUGGAAUAAACGAUGGCAUUCUGGAUGAAACUAAAAAUGCCUCGGUACAGCGGGGAGAAGGAGCAAAGUAUACUUCCAAGAACCGAGACAAUAGUGAUAUUUCGUGCCAAGAUAUCUUGGAUGUACUACAAGAUGGCAAAACGUUAUUCAGUAAACGAAUCAAUCAGACAUGACUAGCACUUGUCACUUCAAGUUGUGCUGCUUCUUUCCCUUUGCUAGGACCUGACUGCUCUGAAUAACAAAUGUUCUGACGAGUAGUAAUUUUGUUUGUUGAUGUAUUUGGGCACGGUGCUAUUUAGUACUAUUCACCACUGUAACAGAACACUUGUGCAAUACAGAAUUACCUUGUACUG